GACCUUGACUACAUAUUCGGAAUUCCUCACUACGCUUUUGAAAGUGGAUGUGCAAGUAGUUUUUAUCUCAAUUAUGAAAUGUUCGCCUCUCAACCAAAUAUUAAACCAACACAUAUUCCUCCCAUUAUGGAAUGCCCACCAAUGCCUCAUCCAGCAAUGAAUGUGAAUUUCCCAACAUUUUAUUCUGGCAGUUUCGUGCAGAAUAAUAUCUCAUCUCUUGCACAGGAGAGCUUAUAUGAAAUUCAACGACUUAGACUACUUCUGACUAAUUUGCUGACUUCUAUACAAUCUGAUGAAAAAGAUCCUGAGGAAAAAAAUAAGAUUGUGGACGAAAACUUUGUGCUAUUCAAUAGAAAUGGUAGUACGAAGUGUGAAAACAUUCCUAGUCCUCUAUUUACAACUGGAGAAGGAAAAACAAACGGGAUCGUGCCUGAAUGUCGCAACAACCUCCCUCAAACUCUUGGUACGAAGAAUUUAUCGUGUGAAAAGUUAGCAUUACACAAAACAGUCAAUCAAAUCAGUGAUGUUUUUAAUAAUUUGGAUCAACUAGCCAGUCGAAUGCAGGUCAAUCGGUUAUCUGGUCGACCUAGUGACCAUGGUUUACAAAAUGCAUUAUCUCUGUUUAACACCGUUGAACAGUUAGAAUUUAGCCGUAAUAGUUGGCUAUAUGAAUCUUCGCUAUCUCAGUACGUGGGGACCGAUGAUCACGGGAAAGAAUCUGAUUGUCGUCGUGUUGACUGGCUUAUGGAUAGGAUCGAAGCGGAACGUUGGAGUCAUAGAUAUUGGGGACGCACUCGUACUGUGCUUGAAGGUUUACUGGCUUGCUCCGCAUUCAGACGCUCUCAUUUAAAUACAGAUCAUUCCCGCAGGCGAACGGAUUUUCUCAAUAUAAUCAAUCGAGAUUAUGGUGCUGAUUUGGAACAUUUACUCAAUGAAUUAAAUGUUAAUUUGCCGGACCUCACUAUAACGCUAAUCGAACCAUCAUCUGUUGUAUCCGUAGCACAUCUAAGAAUUGGUGAGAUAAUGCAAUGCUUUGUGACUUUUCGUCAGUUGAAUCCAGAAAGAAUUAUUGUUCGUGGAGUAUCGGAACCGAUGAUUAUAAAAACACACUCUGAUUUCCCGAACAACAAUUUAAAUAUUGAGGAAAAACCCUUAUCUUUAGCAACCGAGGAACUAUUAUCUGAUUCCGGUCUUGAUUCAUUGCCGAAAAUUCGUGAUACUGUUGUCUCUUUACUAAGUCCUGACUCGAAAGCUCGAUCACUCCCAGACCAUAGACAACAGCGAGGCUCAAAACUCAUCCGCUUUUGUAGUAUUCAUCAAUCGAAGCUCGAUCUUUUUACACCAAGUCGUCAUCCAUUGUUUCGGCGUAUCACUUCCUUAGCCCAAUGUGCCCUUCUUCAUUUUUCUAAUGAAUAUAAACCUCCUUCUGCCAUUCGUGGGUUUUGUGCUUGGCUUCACAGUUAUCGCGACUUGUUCAGUGCCCCAUGCUGUCGUUGCGGUCAGCUUCUAGGUCAAAAUGUUGAACUUCCACUUUGGCGUAGUUAUCCUCAAAUGAGAAAGGAUAAUUCUCGAUCUAUGGAACCCCAACAUGAACACUGUCAAGCCAUUAUAUAAACAAUCAUGUACUUCCUUGUUUUCUGACUUUUUGAUUACUUCCUAUCAUUUGUAUAGAUAAACUCUACAAUUUAAUAUACCCUGGCUGUAACUUGAGCGAAAUGUUAAUUCCUAUACACUACACCACCUUUGUAAUACAUAUAAGUUAUGUACCAAUAA